AUGGCCCAGCCCGGAACCAACGGCAGCCACCCGGACGGACUGCCGGUCGACGAGUCCGGCCCGGCCUCCACAACUGUCGCGGCGGCGGUCGAGGGACCGGGGGCGCUCGCCGCCCGCUUCGGCGAUCACAAGCUCGGCCUGUCAUCGCUGUCGGUGCACGCCGACGACUACAUCAACAACCACCGCGCCGUGGCCCCUCCCCUGCACGUGAGCACGACGUUCCGGUACAACGACGACCCGGACCGGCUGCGGGCGUGGGACAACACCGACGACAACGCCCCCUACGACAGUCACAUCUACAGCCGCGACAGCGCCCCCAACACGACGCGGCUCGAGGCCGUCCUCUCGGCCCUGCUGGGCGGGCCCGCCGUCACGUACUCCUCCGGGCUCGCGGCCUUCCACGCCCUGCUCGUGUUCCUCAACCCGAAGCGGAUCGCCAUCGGCGGCGGCUACCACGGCUGCCACGGCGUCAUCGACCUCGUGGCCAAGCUCACGGGGCUGCAGAAGGUCGAGCUCGAGGACUCGGCCGCGCUGGCGACGCUGCAGCCGGGCGACGUGAUCCACGUCGAGACGCCGCUCAACCCGACGGGCGAGGCGCGCGACCUCGACCACUACGCCUCCAGGGCCCGCGAGCUCGGCUGCUACCUCACCGUGGACGCGACGUUCGCCCCGCCGCCGUUGCAGCAGCCCUUUGACCACGGCGUCGACGUCGUGAUGCACUCAGGCACGAAGUAUUUCGGGGGCCACAGCGACCUGCUGUGCGGCGUGCUGGCGGUGCACCCGGCGCGCGAGGAGCGGCACGGCUGGGUCAGGGGCCUGCUGGGUGAGCGGCUGUUCCUGGGGAGCGUCAUGGGGAGCAUGGAGGGCUGGCUCGGGGUGCGCAGCCUGCGGACGCUGGAGCUGCGCGUCGAGAGGCAGAGCGCCAGCGCGGCGAGGCUGGUGGCGUGGCUGGACGGCGAGCUGCGGGCGGCGCAGAAGGACGGGGGCGGCAGCAACAGCCCCGUGGCAAAGACAGUCGAGAAGCUGCAGCACGCCAGCCUGCAGCCCGAGGCGGCGCAGGAAGGGUCGUGGCUGCGGAAACAGAUGCCCCGGGGUUGGGGCCCCGUGUUCAGCAUCAUCAUGCGCGAGGCCGACCACGCGCGCCGCCUGCCCAGCAAGCUGCACCUGUUCCACCACGCCACGAGCCUGGGCGGCGUCGAGAGCCUGAUCGAGUGGCGGGCCGUCACGGACAAGAACAUCGCCAAGACGGUGCUGCGGGUCAGCGUCGGCGUCGAGGGCUGGGAGGACCUAAGAGAGGACCUGCUGCAGGGGUUCACGGCGCUGCUGGACGAGGAUAAGUCGAGGAAGUAG